AUGGCGACCCCAUUGGACACCUCCUCGAGCACCCUUUGGGGCACUCUGAGCCAGGCCUCCAGCGUGGCGCAGCUGGUCGGCGUGGACGCGCUCGGGCUGGUCUCCAUGGUGGUGCAAGCCGCCCUGGCGGCGCGCCGCCACCGGGACUCGUGCGUGCGGCUGGCGCAGCACGUCGAGCUCGUCGGCGGCCUGCUGCAGGAGCUGGAGCUCGCGGAGCUGAUGCGGCGGGAGGCCACCAGGCGGCCGCUGGAGCAGCUCGGCGGCGCGCUGCGGCGGUGCUACGCGCUCGUCAGCGCGUGCCAGGACUGCGGCUACCUCCGUCGCCUGCUCCUUGGGGCACGGAUGGCCGACGAGCUCCGCGCAGCGCAGCACGAGAUUGACAUGUUCAUCCGCCUUAUCCCGCUCAUCGCCCUCGUCGACAGUUCUUCUGCAAACAAUCAACGUGUCAAGGCUGAGGACGGGGUACUCAGUGUUGUCACACAUAGGUCAAAUCGUCAUAUCAGGUUUCCAACAAGUGCUUUGGAGUUCGCCGAAGUACGCAUUCGAAGAGCUACUGAAUUUUGCCAUGUUGGUGAACAGCCAUUUCUAGGAAAAGGGAAAAUGCAAGAACAGAAAACCUUCGACAUUGAAGAACUUGUAGAACUCUGCACCCGUAUAGAAGAGGCUUGCACUGGAUUUGUGAAGUUCAACUUCUUUCAGAUCGUGGAUGUUACGGACAAUUUCUCAGAGAAUAAAAUAAUUGGGUUGGGUGGAUUUGGUACGGUUUACAAGCUAAAAAUAUGCCAACUUUCCGACGGACUUAUGGUUGCCAUCAAAAGACUUGAUGAGCAUGCAACAAAUUUUGACAGUGAAUUGCAGCUUGCAAAGCUUCAUCAUACUAACCUGAUUAGGUUAUUGGGGUGGUGCACCCAUCAGAAAGAGAGGAUUCUAGUCUAUGAACUCAUGCAAAAUGGUUCCUUGGACAGUUACAUAUCUGCUAGAGUACUGAGUUCAGACGUAGCAGAGGAGUGUACAAGCAGGGUUGUGGGCACUAGUGGUUACAAAGCUCCGGAGUACGCAUCUCAAGGAGUUUACUCAAUGAAGACAGAUGUGUUCAGCUUCGGCGUCUGCGUUCUGGUGAUCAUUAGCGGUAGAAAGAAUACCAUGCACGACAGACAAGGAGAUACUGUUGGUGAUCUUGUACGAGCUGCAUGGCAUAUGUGGAAGGACCAAAGGUUGCAUGAGCUUGUGGAUCCGGCGUUAGGGAGCGGAUAUGAAAUUGCUGAGAUAACACGGUGCACUCAGGUGGCACUGCUUUGUGCUCAGGAAGAUCCAGCAGAUCGGCCCACCAUGACAGAUGUUGCUGCAAUGCUGAACUCUGAAACAAUGAGCAUACCAAUGGAGCCUAAGCAGCCUACCGCACUGAGCAAAGGGUUUGCUGGUGAAGACACAGCGUCGACAUACAUGGGUCAAACAAGCAGGACAAUAGACAUAACCAUAACAAGUUCAGCUCCCAUGUCGACUAGGGUUCGAAUCAUUCUAGACCCAGAGAUUUGAUAUGAUGAACAACAUUCAAUACCAUAUGUAAUUAAAAUGUGAGUAAGGAUCACAUGCUUUUUACAGACCAGGUAGUGUGCAGGAUUACUGAUAUUAAGAUCAGUUUAGUGAGAGGAAAUAAACAUGUUGCGGUACUAGUCUGAUUUUCUGUCAGCUACAUGUAAAUAUAAACAAAUGUUAAAUGUUUCAUCUUUUGU